CGGGCGCGGUCCGGCGGUUGCGGCGGGCUCCGAGGGCUGUGCAGCGGGCUCCGGCGCGGCGGGCGGCUUCGCCAUGAACUUCUCCGAGGUGUUCAAGCUGACCAGCCAGCUCUGCAAGUUCUCCCCGGACGGCAAGUACCUGGCCUCCUGCGCGCAGUACCGCCUGGUGGUGCGCGAGGUGCGCAGCCUGCAGGUCCUCCAGCUGUUCACCUGCCUGGACCAGGUGCAGCACCUGGAGUGGUCGGCCGACUCCCUCUUCAUCCUGUGUGCCAUGUACAAGCGGGGGCUGGUGCAGGUGUGGUCGCUGGAGCAGCCCGAGUGGCACUGCCGGAUCGACGAGGGCUCCGCGGGGCUGGUGGCCUCCUGCUGGAGCCCCGACGGGCGCCACAUCCUCAACACCACGGAGUUCCACCUGCGGAUCACGGUCUGGUCCCUGUGCACCAAGUCCGUCUCGUACAUCAAGUACCCGAAGGCCUGCCAGCAGGGAAUCUCCUUCUCCCGGGACGGCCGCUACCUGGCCCUGGCAGAGAGGCGGGACUGCAAGGACUACGUCAGCAUCUUCGUCUGCAGCGACUGGCAGCUGCUGCGGCACUUCGACACGGACACCCAGGACCUCGCCGGCAUCGAGUGGGCCCCCAACGGCUGCGUCCUGGCGGUGUGGGACACCUGCCUGGAGUACAAGGUCCUGCUCUACUCCCUGGACGGCCGGCAGCUGGCCGCAUACUGUGCGUACGAGUGGUCGUUGGGCGUCAAGUCGGUGGCCUGGAGCCCCAGCAGCCAGUUCCUGGCCGUCGGGAGCUACGACGGGAAGGUGCGCAUCCUCAACCACGUGACCUGGAAGAUGCUCACCGAGUUCGCGCACCCCGCGGCCAUCAGUGACCCGCGCGUGGUGGUGUACAAGGAAGCGGAGAAGAGCCCGCGGGGGGCGCUGGGCCGGCCCGCCUGCCCGUCCUUCAGGGCCGCCGAGAGCAAGUAUGAGAUCGCCGCGGUGCCGGUGUCCCUGCAGACGCUGAAGCCCGCUGCCGACCGAGCAAACCCCAAGAUCGGCGUCGGCCUGCUGGCCUUCAGUCCCGACAGCUACUUCCUGGCCACGAGGAACGACAACGUCCCGAACGCCGUGUGGGUGUGGGACAUGCAGAAGCUGCGGCUGUUCGUGGUGCUGGAGCAGCUGGGCCCCGUGCGCUCCUUCCAGUGGGACCCGCAGCGGCCCCGGCUGGCCAUCUGCUCGGGAGGCAGCAAGGUGUACCUGUGGUCGCCGGCGGGCUGCGUGUCUGUGCAGGUGCCCGGGGAAGGGGACUUCCAGGUCCUCUCUCUGUGCUGGCACGUCACGGGGGCCUCGCUGGCCCUGCUCAGCAAGGACCACUUCUGCCUGUGCUUCCUGGAGACGGAGGACGAGGCUGACGGCGCCAUCGGGCAGCUGGGCGCCCACACGUAGGACGAGUGGCGGCUGUGGGAAGGGGAGCAGACGCGGUGCCGUGUGGGGAGCGAGCUUGGGGCAGGUCUCGGGCCCCGUGGUUCCUGUAAAUAUGUACGGUGUAAAGCGAGGCGUUCCUGUAAAUACGUAUGGUGUAAAGCUGUAGUUUUGUAAUUUAAAUGUUUGCUAUUUCAUAAAGGCUGGCUGGCUUUCUUGGAGGGCUUGGUCACGGAGAGUUCUAGGUUCCGUGUCAGGAGAAGCACUGAGCCCCCAGCAGCCGUCCUCCCGGGAGAGACGGUGCUGGCUCCAGGAAGGAGCCUGGGGCCCUGGAGGGUGAGCCACAAGGCGGGCGGUGAAGGUCAGCCCCACCUGCUGAGUGGGUCUUGGGGGAGUUUCCGCCCUGGCCAUGGCCCUGAACCACCGCACGGGCAGCUGGUGGGGGGAGGGGCCCCGAGCGCCCGUCACCCUGCCAGCCAGGGCCACUCCCCCGGGGACAGCAGUUUGGGCCUCGGAAUGCACCCACGAGAGGGGGACCGGCUCGGUUGCUGCACCUGUCUCAAUAACUUCAGAAAAGGAACGCACCCAGUCGGUUCUAAAUGCCUUUACUACCUGAACCAGAGGCUUGGGGCCGGCUGUGCGGGCAGCCUGCCCAGCGAGGCGCUGUGUCUGGGUCCGUCCACCCGCCCAGGGCUGGGAGUGAGGAGGGACGGCCAGCCCGUGCAGUACAAGCACAUCAGGUGUCCAGUCCCAGCGGCGUAGGGCCUGCGCGGGGCGGCGGGCUCCCUGGGUGCGAGGCCGGGAGACCCUGGCGAAGCCUAUAUCUGGGAGCUGCUGCGUGAGAACACGGUUCCUCACUGAAGCGCGUUCUUUAAAAGCAAAGGAAGCGCUUCCCUUUUCAGACACAAACGUGACAAACGCAGAGUGCAGCAGCUGUCCCCGUGGGCAGGCUGCUCGGGCGUCUCAUCGGGAGCGGCCUGCAGGGACGGCAGCGUCGGGCCAGGGGUGCAGUCAGCCCCACCAGACACCACGCCAGCUGUCCGCCUGGGAGAGGCGGGCUGCGGGCUGCUCUGUCUUUCGCUUUAAAGCGCGGUCACGUGCCCGCGCACCAGGCUGGACACAGUGUAACUGACUUGUGACGCAGGCACUGGGGUGAGGUGCCCCCGGUGACGCUGCCCAGCUCGGCCAGCGGACGCUCGUGCAACCACAGGACGUUUAUUGGCAGGCAGGGGCAGUGGGGGCGGGGAUGGGGAGGCCCAAGGAGGCUCCCGGAGGUGGCAGCAGCCAGCAGGGACAGCUGCGUGCAGUCCAGCCUAUCCAGUGUGUGACCACGUGACCACACCCACCUCAAGGAUACAAGUCACGUGACUGUGUCGUAACCCCACUCAGACCCGUAUAGGGAGGACCUGGCCCGCAGGCCGAGCUGGCCCCCGGCCGCGCCGAUCCGGCCACCGGCUCUCCGAGGCGCCGCAGCCUAGAAUCCGAUCUUGCCCCUGGUCAUGGAAUAGCCCAGCUUUGCCUCGUUGUUGAUGAAGGACAUGAGCCCCAC